AUGGCCAACUCGUAUAGUCUUGGACAUGCUCCGGAUGGGCACGAGCAUAAUCAGAUGGCGUCCCUGAACAAUCAAGCUUGCUUAGAUUCUUCAGGUCUGCAAUUCAGGAGCCCGUACCAACAGUACGCACAAGAAGGCUCGCGUCACAUGUACGAGCGCAAAGAUGAUCCAUGGUGUCUUGUAGAGAAUAAUUUGGGAGGUACGGCCCGAGCCCAAGAGGACGGUGUCGAAGAGACUUGCAGUUGCGGCAACCAUGAAUACGGCAACCAGGCCCUUGUCAACGACUGUCAGUCCGGCGACAGUGAUCAACCUCCUCCCUCUGGUAAAACAAUGGCCUUGGGAUAUCAGCAAGCCGACCAUCUCGGAAACAAUUUCGGGCCCUUCCAGCCUCGAUGUACUGAGGCGACGUACGACGGUACCUGGGAUCAGAGCACGCCUGUUGGAGGCUCGACUUGGUCAUAUGGACGUCAACAAAAUGGAUAUGCCGGGUCGGACCAAAAGUCUCUUUUCAGAUGGCAUCCUUUCAUACCACAAGCUAGUGAGUCCACGAAGCUUCUGGGCCUGAAUGAGCAGAUGAAGAUGGGCUACAGCUGCGGUGACACCGAAACCAGACCACAAGUCUCUGGUGGCCCGCAGUACGAGCAAGUCGUCGAAGCUCCUGCCCGAGACAAUGACAUGAUGUCAGAGGCAUCGAUAGACUUAGAGCAAGACCUGGCGGAGAUCCAGACUGCAUCCCGGGAUAACGCGCCGUCAGUGUCAUAUGGCUAUCCAGGUAUCUUUGACACAAACCAGCCAUGGUCGCCGUGGACGGCGUUGGGUAACGCGAGCCUGUACACAGACGUGGAUCGAUUUUCUGGCCGUAUCGAGGUGCUGAAGACGGAAGAGAUGACGGACACAAGUCAGGAUGCUGCGUCCAGUUACGUGAUGGUUGACGAGACGUCGUCAGCUUCCUCCUUUCCCGUGCAAACGGAAGGAAAUAUGGCAGACAGUGCAGCAACGUUACGCCAGCAACACCCACAGCCGCUAAACAACGAAGACUUGGUCGUUUACACCGACCUGCAUGGCAUGGCUCCAAUGAUAGCCCAGCAGGAGGCCUCCGGUGCCCAGAUCGUCCUUGAUCUUGCCAGCCUGUACCCCUUGUAA